AUGGAAGGGAGUGAGGAGGGCUUCAGAGGCCACAAGUUGCUGAAUGAGGCUAUCCAGCGCCAUGGGGGAUUCGCAUGGCAGCCAAAGCGGCACAAGUCUGCUCACGUCCAGGGCUCCGCUGGAGGCCCCAAAAGUGGAGGCAACGACACGCUGCGGGCCGGCCGGCCACGGGCGCGGCAGAAUAGGCGUCACAGCAACACUGUCAGGACCGUUGCUGACCUAAUGCGAAGCUGGAGCAGCUACAAGUGCCACAGGGCUGAGGACAGCGAACCCAACAGGGAUGAACAACGCCUACUGCAUCAGUCUGGAAAGGAGGGCGGGGACUUUGCCCUACACAGCAAGGUCCUGUCAGGGUUGGGGGCCUUGGGGGAGCGCCUGCACGACGAGCUGGACCUAACCUUCAAGGAGACCCGGCAAGUGGAUCAGUACGACUGGGACUUUGCUGACACCGUCCGCGACUCCGAGUUGCUUCAGGCCGGCGUCCGCAUGGGCGAAGAGGUGGCCAUAUCCUUGGAGAUGCAGGGCACAGUUCGCACUCAAUAUGGGAAGGCGCAUUCCGUCCUACUACGGGCGCCGUGGGCUUUUGCACUGCGGCCCAAGAAUGCCCUUCUGCCGGAGCUGCACUCUUCCUCUGCAACACCAAGGGGUUCUACUAGACCCACCACACCUGCAACACCUGUGCCAGCCCUUCUGGAUGGGCGCAGGUCCCCGGAGACCAGCAUAGGGGCAGCUUCCCGUUGGAGCGAUGGUGAGCGGAAGGCACCGCCGCCACGAAUGAUGGGCGACAAUUGUCAAGUAGUGAGCAUUUGCCUGCAAGAGCGUGUGCCUGAGACCUUGCUCCUCCAGCGACUGCAUGCGAGUUGCUCAGCUGAUAGCUCCGAGACACAGGGCGGGUGCUCUCCGAAUACUUCAAAGCCGAAGCUGCAAGCCUCCGAGUGGUUGCGUUCCGUGAAUGAUAGCUGCGCACAUCUCGAGGCCAUGUUCAGCACAAAGCUUGAUCAGCACAGCCAGGUCUGUUCGGAAGAGGUGCAGGAAAUCGAGGCCUCACAGGCAGGUGAGGAGGACGCGCUGGAGGCACCCACACGAAGCGUGCCUCCCAACUGCAGAAUGGAGGAUUACCUCCGGGACCUUCGACACGUCAUUCGCUUGAUCAGCCCCGGACUGCCAACAGCUGCAAGGCUGCUUGAGGGCGUGGUCAAGGGCGCCGUGAUGGCUUUCGAUGCCGAGCUUCACGUGGCACACCUGGAGCUGGCGAAGCGCAAGGCCAGAUUGGGCUCCUUGGCGGAAGCGCGUUCGGAGAUCGACCAGCUGAGGACUGAGCUGGCAACCCUGCAGCAGCAAAACAGGGAGCUGAAGAAGCAGCUGAACAUGGCGGACGAGAUAAAGCAGGCGGAGAUUCGCACGUACCAAGAGAAGGUCGACAAGCUGAAGGAUGAGCUCGGUCGGCUUCACCCCGAUGACGGCUCCUUGGAAGGCGUUGCCCACAUCAUGGAUAAAUGUGCCAACCUGCUCCUGGACCUGGAGGAGGAGUCAGCUGUGCAGACAAAGAUCCUGCAAGACAUGGGUGAGUACACCGCGCACAUUGUCCAAGAAACCGAUGACCUGGACCCCUCGAAGAUUCAACUCCACCGGCCCGGCCGAGUCAUCGAGCUGCCAAAUGGUGAGCUUCAGCUUCGGCCCUAUUCCGUGGCCGAGCAGUCGACUCAAGUUAUCGAGACCGACUUGCUGAAGGUGGAUCCUGAGCUGCCGGUGAAGUACCGGCCACCCGGACUGCGGAGCAUCUUGGCGAACUUCCAAGGUCGGGAAGUGAGGAAGAUGACGGUGAAGGAGCUUGAGUCCGAAAUCGACAGGCUCUACACCGCCAAGGCGUCUGCGGACGCAGAGGCCGAUGCAGCGCACCUCCCUCGCUCCGAGCUGCCGGCCUUCAUUGUGGAGCACUACUUGGAGCAGUUAGGCACCGUCACAGCUGCACAGGAGAAGCUGUGUGGCAUCAUGGCUUGCAUCCGGAGCCUGGAGCGGACGGCCCACUUAGCGCCUCCAUCUCUGAAGGUACAGCUCUUCGCACGAUUUCUACAAUAUUGCACUUGCAAUCAGGCACUUCCCCUUCCGGUGCUCGAUGUCGCACUUCGGGCAAAGCGCCUUGCGAAUGCUUCGGGUGGCCGGCAGAAGACUGAUACCUCAUCCAUGACCAUCAACAAGCUAGCAAACAUGGCGCCCAGUCCCCGUGGCGGUCGUAUUGGACAUAGCGCGGCCAGAGGUGAGGAGUCGGAAGUGCACCUAUCCAUCCCGAACGCUUGGGAUUCCGCCACGAAGGCCUUGCCUUUCGGCGGCACGGUCAUUUCGAGAAGAGAGCUCUUCAUGUCCUUGAUGAAGUUUGCAACUUUCCCCGAAGAUGUGCGGCACCCGCAGGCGGACAUGAAUGAUUUCUUCUUCUUACUCCUGAUUCUCCACGAUCGGCUCCGCCGAGAGGCCGCGCCGAAGCUGCGCAUGCUGAUCGCAAAAGUUGAGAAUCGCGGCACCGUCACCUGUGAUGAGUUCCGUGAUGCGCUGAGAGAUGCUCAGAUCUUGGGCAUCGAUGACGCCAUUUGGAGGUCGAAGCUUUGCCCUCCAGCUGCCCUUGGCAACCAGGCCUCUCUCUCUGAAGGAUUGGUCUUGGAGUUCCUGGGAGGCGGCUCGCAGAGCAAGUUGAUCAAGGGUUACGUCACCGAGUCUCAGCUGCUUUGGGCUACGGUCGAGGCGGUGGCCGCAGAGUUGCACGACCGGGUGGAAGCUCUUCGCAAGAUAAAUCGCACUCAGAAGAUCGACGACAAGAAUCACGACGAGCGGAUCUGCCGACUGAAUUACGGGGACUUCAAAAGCCUGAUCCAGUCGUCCGACCCAAGCAUCUCCAACUCAGCGAUUCGAUCCCUCUUCAUCGCCAGCGUGGAGGCCAGUCGCUCUUGCUUUCAGUAUGAGGGUGACGCAUGCCCGGUAACGGGCGCCUUAGAUGCGGCGCCCAGCCUGCUUUAUGGAGCUGACAUCGUGACGCUGCAGCACAUGGGCCUUGCCGUCGUGCGGACGCUGAUGAAAGACAACGCAACCGAAUGGUCGGCCGGUGGCAAGCUGGCGCCGGCCGUGGACAAUAAGUCGGUGGACAACAGCCCGGCCAUGUCUGCAGCCUCUGGGACCUCCCAGCGCCCGAGCUUCCAGCAGGUGAAGUCCCCCAGCAGCAGCGCGCGCGGCAUGAAGCCGCCGCGCCUCACCCGCUGA